GACAUCACAUACAUGCCUUGAACGAAUUAAGGGCAUGUAUGAUAUUGUUAUUCAAGGCUGGACCCCACAUGUAAUUGAAAGUUCAUCAGCCCCAGUUGAACCCCCAACAGGACCACCAAUGGUCAUAUCAAAUCAGCAGGAAGCAGUGGCCCUGAUUAAUCCCCCAACAGCUCCAACGGGACCUCCAGCAGCCCUUAUUGGACCACCGAAGUCCCCAAUUGGACAGUCAGUGUCCUCUUUAGCACCCUCGGUAAAGCAAUCCCAGAACCUGGGGAAAAGACCCCACUCCCCAGAAGGACCUUCAGCAGCCUCCCCAGUUUCUUUUCAAAAAGAUGAAGUUGUGGAAGGAGGCUGUCCUGCUCCCACUAUUGUGCGGCCGAAUAAAAGGAAAGUGGAAGUUGUGGAAGGAGGCUGUCCUGCUCCCACUACAGUGCGGCCGAAAAAAAGGAAAGAAUGCCCACAUACAGUGACAGGGAGCCAGGGUUAUUACCCUGUGAAGAGCGUUGCCAAAUACAAAGUCAUUAAGGGUCAAAAAUGGAAGCAAGUGGAGUGGGAGCCAUGCAAACUCUGUGGAAAGAAGUGGCCAUUGGAGUGGGUGGCGGAUAUGGACACUUGUUAGUGCUCCCGUCAGGUUGUGGAGCACUUUUUUUGUGUGUAGUUUGCCUUUCUUUCUUCUUACUGUUGUGAAAAUAAACGCUUCUUGCGACUGG